AUGGAUCAACGUGAAGAAGUCGAUGAGUCGAUAUCAGUACUCCAUACCUAUCUCCCAGAUAUACAAAAUGCUAUUUGUGAAGAGUUUCAAAGCGCCGAAUGCAGUGUGGAAAUGUCACCUGAACUCACCAAACCGCCCUUCAACUGCGCAUUUCAUGCAUUAGGCAAAAGAAUUCAUUUGCUGCCAUCAGGCUCCUUGAUACCGAAGGAUUUUUAUCAAGUUUCUGCCACAUUGGAAGGUGUGGUUGUCACAGAUGGCCUUGCCAGUAAAUAUUUACAUUUGGUGCUGGAAGGUGGUGAUAACUGGAAAUCACCGCUGCAAAAAGUUUUCAACGAGAAGCUUGGAAUCAAUUGGUGCUUUUUAGUUAUGGAACUGCAGUCAGGUAUUGCGCAAUUUCAUAUGCUCCAUGCACAAACGAAACCGACCAAAAGUUAUUCAGACUGUAUCAUUCUAUGGUUAAGUGAAGUGAAGCAAGCACCAGCAUCACAAUCAUUACCGAAACCGAAAACAAACAAAAAAAUUGUUAAGAAAUCAUUUGCGGACAAAGGCGUUGACGAUACAGAAACUAAUGGGAAAACAACCAUAGUGAAAGCGAUCAAACAUAGCAAUGGACAAAAAAUUGUUCGUAAGAAACUUGCUGCAGCAGUAGCAAUCGCACCAUUAACAACGGUCCGAGUUGCGGACAAUGAUACAAAGAUAGGAAAUGACAUUUCCGUUAAUAUCAAGAAAAUAGUAGUUUCAAAGGAACGAAAUUCAUUAACGAACAGCAGAAGCGAUGAGAAUUAUAUAAAUGGUAACGGUUCGACUGAUUCAGGAGUUUCGCUUGUUGAUUCGGACAUCGAAAAAUCAGCAAAAUGUACAAAAAACAAUGAAUUGGAUGAACAGGAACGCAUCCCAUCGAUGAAACAAACAGAAUCAAUGCAUGGUGCUAAAUUUGCAGUACCUCUUUUAAUUCCGACAUUUAAAACAAAUCUAAAAAAGACUGAUGACGAUAAUACUACUGCUAUCACUAAUACUUCUGUCAUAUGUAACGCAUCAACAUGCCACAGCGACCUGCCUGCAUCAUUCACAAUGCGCCGCAAUAAAAUCAAAUACGAAAUGAACAAGAAAGUGGGAAGAAUUCCGGAAGAAGAGGAGAUACAAAAAUUAGGAGACUGGGAGAGGCCAGUUGUACAAUUAACUAAUGGUCAUAGCAUAUCAGAUCGUUACUUGAAUGGACGUAAUUUGAUGACUCAGAUGAGACAUUCCGCACCAGUACACAUCAACUUAACUUUUCCGAGGAACUUGUCUAGUGGCUUCGACAAUUUGCCAAGGCUUCCUUCCAAAGAUGAUAUUUCAACAACACGAAGAUUUGCCGAUGAAGAAAUACCUCCAGUACAAGUACUUCAGUUGAUUCUUAAAAAGUUUUCCUAUAAAGAGUUAGGUAAACUGAGAGAAGUUCAUCCGCACUGGGAUGAGCUGUGCGGGCAAGCACUGAAUAGUGGUUAUCAUGAAUUGAUUAAAAAAGCGGAUAAAUUACUGACGGAUUGUCAACGACGUGUACAUUCUGAACCCGAUCUCCAUGACGUACUGUCUAUUUUAACUAAUGUACAAGUGCAGAUUCUAAACCCCGUCGAUAUAUUACGUCCAGCUAUGGAUGAAGGUGUUUGUUGCUUUCCGUACGGUGAAUUACUCGAUCAAACUUUCCAUAUAGUUGGAAAAGCAGAAGAGGUGAUGGAAGGUAGAAAAGAUGUAACAAUCAACUGGAAGUCAGUAGCUGAACUGGCAAGACGUGCGCAGUUACAUUACAGAUCAAAUUUAGCAACAAUUAUGGAAGAGAAAUUGGGCGAGGUGAUCAGGCUGAAGGCAUUACAAUCCAUACAAAGAAUAGACAGUUUCAUGAUCGAUUCGACAGUUAAUAAACUUGAAAAAGCAACCCAUAUGGCACGAGAUGAAUUGGAAUGGGAAAUCGAGCAACUCAGACAUCAAAAUACCCAAUUGAAAAAGGAUAAUCGUGAACUCAAAAAGGACUGUAUGAGAUUAGAAGCAAGAGUGGAAAUCAUCGAAAAUAAAUUCAAAACAAUGGCUCGAUUGCUACAGUAA